CGGACCUCGGUGCCUGCAAGUUCUUUAUAAAGUAUCCACGGUUUCCAGGUGACACUGUAGCCAAUCGGAAUCCGGGUAGCCAUGGAGAAAACACAGAGAAAUCUGCCUUUUCAGCAGGAAGCCUUUCUGGAAAAGGAUUAUGAAAGCCAAUUGGAGAAAAUAUUGGAACAGAUAGAAGAGUACAACCAUCCAAUGAGGUGCAGGAUACUGGAGCAGCUGCUGAUUCGCAGUCAGUUUUCUCAGAUCCAGUUGCUGUGGACUAUUCUCCAGCCAGUCUGUCACAGGGACUUCAUGUACACCGCUAGAAUGGCUUUUCCUGAGUUCCAGCUGAGUCCCAUCAGCACCGAGUUCAGCCGUAGGCUCAGCAGGUGGUUUAAAGGUGGGCGGAUGGGUCGGCUUUUCCGGGUCCCCAGUGUCUUUCUGAGAGAUCUGGAUGACGUGAGGAGAUUCACCUCGAACGGUCAACACACACAAGAGCAAACAGAGAGGCUGGGGACUGGUCCAGUGAAAGAGUACGAAGAACAGCGAAUCAGAUUACCCAAAUUAUGUAGCCAGGAGGAUUUUCUGAAAAACAGAUCUGAACCCCAGCUAGAUGCCCUUCCCUGCUGUGAAGACCUCCGCCUAGCACAGAGGACAUUCAUGUGGUCACAGGAGGUAAACCCUAGUCAUGAGCAGAUGAUCUUUCUAAAAAAGGGGAAGAAAGUUUUACCUCGAAGAAGAGUUAGUCCCAAGCCUGGACAGAUUAUUGAAAUGUAUGAACAUCAGUGGAAUGAUGCACAAAGGAAUCACCUGCUCAAGAAACUAUUACUGCUUUUGGAUUUAAGGCAGCAUUAUUAUAUUUUGACAUUUUUAACAGUAAAGUGCUAUCGGGAUUUUAUUGGUCUUCUUCCAAAGAAGCUGUCCCUAAAGAUUUUGUCUUUUCUGUCUCCAAGAGAACUCCUCUUGACUAGCCAGGUUUGUAAAACAUGGUAUAAACGUUGCGGCAGCAAUCGCUUGUGGCAGAUCAAGUGCAAGGAGUCUACAGUGGGGAUCCCUGUGAUAGAGCAGGCUGAAAGUUGGAAGAGGGUCUUUAAGAAUGAUUACUGUCUGAGACAGAACUGGAAAAGAGGAAGGUGUUACACAGUGGAGCUGAAAGGCCACACAGCAGUAGUUUGCUGUGUGGCUGUUUGUGAUAAGUAUGUGGCCAGUGGAAGUAAAGACAAAACUAUUUGUGUGUGGCUUUUGCACAAUGGAAACCAUGUCCAGACUCUGGAAGGUCACAGAAAAGGAGUCUGGGGACUGCAGUUCUUUACAGAGAACCUCCUAGUUAGUUCAUCCUAUGACUCUUCCAUCAAGAUCUGGAACAUAAGACUGGGUGCCUGUGUAAGGACAUUAACUGCACACAGUGGUCCUGUCUGGUCAAUUGUGCUGAGAAGCAAUAUACUUCUUAGUGGAUCUCAAGACAAAACAGCCAAUGUGUGGGAUUUAAGACACUGCAAGCUGCUUCAGACUUUAGUGGGCCACACUAAGGCCAUAUUUGCUGUUGAUCAAGACCUAGAGACAAAUAAAUCUUUCACAGGAUCUGCUGAUAAGAGUAUCCGAAUCUGGGAUUGGACAUCUGGCAAUUGUUUGAAGGUGUUGUGGCCAUCUGUGGAGGUGGAAGGCCCACUGGACAUUAUCACUGGUCUGUCUUAUGACAGAGGGUUCCUUGCUUGCAGUGCCAGCACUACAGUUUGGCUGUACUCCACUGAAACUGGGAAGUGCCUUCACAUCUAUGAGCCUCACAAGAAGAGGAUUGAGGCAGUGCAGCUCAGAAUGAUCCAGCCUGAUGAAGUCAAAGGAGUCCUGAUGUCUGCUGCCCAGGAUGGACUGCUGAAAUAUUGGGAUCUCUCUGACUACCAGUCCAAUGUGCAGACUCUGAAAGGUCAUUCUUCUGCAGUAAAGUGCUUGGUGUUUGAUGAAGAAAGGAUCAUCUCUGGCUCACAAGACAAUACUAUCCGGAUCUGGAACUUCGGUGAUAUUCUCUCAGGGAGCCAAAACAAAAGAGUCCGCCACAGAUCUCAGUGGGAUACAGCACAGCGGCUGAAAACAUAGUGCUAAUCAGUGUCGAAACUUAAUUGUCUAUCAUAAAUUUU